UGAAGGUCUUGACUGGAGGUGCCCCGCUCAACCGGUCACCCGUUCGUCGCUCUCCUUCGCUGGACUACGCGCGAGAGCCCAACGUCGUCCUUCGUUUACGACAACACCAACUCUACUUUAUUCGCGCCUAGCUUGUCAUAGAGAAAUCCUAGGAUCACUUUUAAGCUUUCCGUUAAUACCCACGUCGUCGAAUACCCCUUUACUAACCCCGCCAUACCUUCAAAAUGCGCGCCCUACUCAGGCCACUAUCAUUGCACACCGUCUUCUCACCUAUAGAAACCAUCGUCUUCGUCUUCGUUCUCGCUACACUUGCAUACUUGCAUAUCCUCGACGGCAUUAAGCACUCAUCUUUCUUCGCUCCGACAUUCCCGUCGAGUCUUCGGCCAGCGUAUGCGAGGCUUUCCGGAUCGGAAUGGGUGUCCGUGGGCGAGCGGGAGUGGUACUCUACGCUGAAGCGCGGCCAGGAUCAAGCCGUCGAGCUCCAGCAAUUCGUUUUCGGUUUGGACGACAAAACUCGGAAGGUGUCGCCCGAUGCAUUUUCGUUGUCGCCGAUAGCUGAGCGUCUUACGACUGCCGUCAGCUCGCUUUCGGGCAACUCUUACUCGUCCAUCUGCCAUGUCCCGGCAUUCAACUCCUCGUCCCUGCAAUGCUUCACUUCUGUCUCACCGUCGGCAAUCACACUCAGCUUUACUCCUGGCACACGCGAAGACUGGGUUGGUGCGCUCAAACAUAUGACUUCAUUGACCGUUAACGGCACGCGCUAUGAGGUCCAGAGCCCGAAGCGCAUUGAGACCAUCGGCGAAAUGAAGAGCAGCAAGUGGGUUGCCUAUGCGCUCUGGGCACUUGUAAUGCGUUUCUGGGACAUGGCAAAGAAGGCCGAUUCUCUGGAUAUCCUUGUCGUUCUCCUCGGGUACGUGCUCAUGCACGGCACUUUCUUCCGCCUCUUCUGGAGAUCGCGCGCCCUUGGCUCCAACUUCUGGCUUUCGACUGGCAUCAUGAUGUCGUCCGUCUUUGCUUUCCUUUUCACGCUCCCACUUUGUCGCGUCCUCAGGAUCCCGCUCGAUCUGGUAUGCUUGUCAGAAGCACUUCCCUUCCUGGUCUGCACGGUCGGCUUCGAAAAGCCCUUACGCCUUGCUCGCGAGGUUCUCGCUCAUCCCCACGCUCUCAAGCCACAGGCAGAUGGUCGCAUGAUGUCGGCUGGCGACGUGAUCCUCGAAGCCCUUGACAAGAAGGGCAAUGUCAUUCUCCGUGAUUACGCCCUCGAGAUCGCCGUUCUGCUUAUCGGCGCGAACAGCAAAGUUGGCGGAUUGCGCGAGUUCUGCGCCCUUGCGAGCAUUGCCAUGUUCCUCGACUGCAUCAUGCUUGCUACUUUCUACACCGCUGUUCUGACUGUCAUGCUCGAGGUCCGUCGUAUUAAAACGGUCAGGUCGUUCCGUCGCUCGCCCUCGUCCUCUAUCAAGUCUUCGCUAGCCCGCAGCGCAAUGACGACGCAGUCCGCCCCUGUUAAGCCGAGGAACCUUAGGGAGCGCAUCUCGUCCGCCCUCAUUGGUGUGAAGGGUGCAUCGCUAAAUGCAAGCCAGGAGUUUGAGGUGAACCCGAUGGCCAGGCUGAAGCUUCUUAUUCUAGCGGCCUUCCUCACCCUACACAUCACUAACUUUUGCACGACACUCACCCCGGCGACAGCUCUUGCGCGCCACAACAAGCACACUCCCCGCACUAACGGAGACCACACUGACCUCCCUCCUCCACGUGUCGAUUUCACCUCCCCCCAGGUUGCCGCCGUCCUCUCUGCUCUGGUCGAAGUGGAAGCAACCACCAUCGUCAACGAUGCUUCUAUUUAUGUGAAGAUUGCGCCUCCCAUCCACGUUCGUGCUAUCCCAACAGUUACACAGGCGCAUCCUACGGCUUCCCCUUUCAGUGUACUCUCCGGCUCCGCUAGUAUUGACGCAGGGACGGCCAACACCGGCGAGGUCAUCGAGAACUUCAUGUCCGGCUGGUCCACGCUCGUCGGCGAUCCGGUCAUGUCCAAGUGGAUUGUCGUUCUUCUUGGCAUUAGCGUUGCCCUCAACGGCUUCUUAUUGAAGGGCAUUGCCGCUGGCACCGGCCUCCCAAUUGCACGUGGCAGCGUGCGCUUCCGCUCUCGUGCGCGUGUGUCCGAGAAGGUCGAGGAGGAGGAGGUUUGCGAUUCCCCGAAGCCCGCUAUCGUCAUGCCGAGCAUUGGGCCCGUUGUCACUUCCCCUCCUGCUCCAGUGCCCGAGCCUAAUUCUGCCCCUGCUGUUCUUGAUGGUCCUAUCAAAGAGCACAAGCUUCCAAUCCUCAGCAUCCCAGUUGAUCUCACCACUGUCGACGCGAGGCUUGAGAGGGAGCGUCUUCUUACCGAGGCUGUAGCCCGUGCCGAGCGUGCCCGCAACGAGCCCACUCGACCGCUUGACGAAAUCAUCGACACAUUCGAGAACGGUCCCCGCCCAGUGUCCGCGAGCCUUUCGCUCCUCACCGACGAGGAGGUCAUCGUUUUGGCUCAGAAUGGCAAGAUCGCCGCAUACGCGCUUGAGAAGAUGCUUGGUGAUUUCGAUAGGGCCGUCACGAUUCGUCGUGCAUUGAUUUCUCGUGCUUCGAAGACCAAAACACUUGAGCACUCGGAUGUCCCCAUGGCCAAUUACGACUAUUCCCGCGUAAUGGGUGCAUGCUGCGAGAACGUCGUCGGUUACAUGCCCAUUCCACUUGGUAUCGCUGGCCCUCUGAAGAUCGACGGCGAAAUGUACCCUAUUCCCAUGGCCACCGCUGAGGGCACACUUGUUGCUUCUACCUCGCGCGGAUGCAAGGCGCUUAACUCUGGCGGAGGUGUCACAACCGUUGUCACCUACGAUGGCAUGACUCGCGGACCUGCUAUCGACUUCCCGAAUAUUGUGCAGGCCGCCGCCGCUCGCGCAUGGAUCGAGAGCCCCGAGGGCUAUGCCAUUGUCAAGGAGGCCUUCGAGUCUACUUCCCGCUUCGCCAAGCUCCAGAGCGUUAAGUGUGCCAUGGCUGGCCGCACGCUGUAUGUUCGUUUCACGACUCGCACCGGCGACGCAAUGGGCAUGAACAUGAUCUCGAAGGCGACGGAGAAGGCACUCGAGGUCCUGGGCAAGGAGUUCCCGGAGAUGGUCGUCCUUGCGCUUUCGGGCAACUACUGCACAGACAAGAAGCCCGCCGCGAUCAAUUGGAUUGAAGGUCGUGGCAAGGGUAUCGUCGCCGAAGCCAUCAUUCCCGGCAAGAUCGUCAAGACUGUCCUGAAGACGACCGUCGAGGCGCUGUGCAAUCUGAACACUAAGAAGAACCUGGUCGGCAGUGCGAUGGCUGGCUCGGUCGGAGGGUUCAAUGCCCAUGCGGCUAAUAUCCUGACUGCUAUCUUCUUGGCGACCGGUCAGGACCCUGCGCAGAACGUCGAGAGCUCCAACUGCAUAACACUUAUGGAACCAACGAACAAUGGCGAGGACCUACUUAUGACCAUCUCGAUGCCGUGUAUCGAAGUUGGUACCGUCGGUGGUGGUACCGUCCUCGGUCCUCAACAAGCUGUCCUUGAAAUGCUUGGCCUCAAGGGCGCUCAUCAAACGAACCCCGGCCAGAACGCCCAACAGCUUGCUCGUCUCAUCGCCGCCGCGGUCAUGGCCGGAGAGCUCUCCCUGAUCAGUGCACUCGCCGCCGGCCACCUUGUACGGGCACAUCUUGCGCACAACCGCUCGCAACUGAAUACGCCAAGCACGUCACGACCUGUGACCCCUGGCCCGAUGACACCGCCACUCGUAUGGAAUUCACCGCGGCUAGAGCCUGCGAAGAGGCCACCGAGUUCGUUGGCAAUGUCUUCGAUGGCCCGUGACGGGUACGUUGUGGAUGGCAAGGCCUGAGGUCUCCCUGUGCGCUCCUUUCUACAGCCAUACUCUAACCUACCUACUUUCGACGACAAUCAAGUAUACAUACGCACUUUUCAAUGCUCAGUUAUUUUUUCGCUACUUGUACAUUUUUGGACCCUUUUGCCGUGCAUUCUUGCUUACCGUGCGCACUGGUGUGUGCCACUUGCUGUCUGUACUUGUGCAACUUCGUUAGCUUAGGAAUGAAAGAAAC